AUGUUUGUUGCUAGCACCACUGAAAGAAACCUUAAUGAAGUAAUUUUCAGGGGAAGGAAACUAAAGGUGAAUUGCGCAAAGCAUCUACGCAUUGAUGCGAAAUCCAUUCACAUAAGAAAUACACUUGUUGCUUCCACUUCUCUCAACCAUGCAACUAGCGACUCUAGGUCUUUUGUUGAUGUUGCUAGGAGGAAGACUAAGAAUGACGCUACUCCGACAAUAACCCUUUCCUCCAUUCAUGAGGUGGAGACUUGGACUUCCUGUUUAGUUCUUGUUAGAGAAGCAAAAAACUUUGAAACGUUCUGUAAUUUCCUGUCACUGUUAGACUUAGAAGGAGUUGACGUGGUGGAGUCCAAAUACCUUGGAAGCAUGAAAAUCGUCAUCAAAUUCGAAUCAGAUGGGGCAGCUCAAGUGUUCAUGGAAAAUAAAAGUAUUUGGUUGAAAUGGUUUAACAGGGCAGAACAUAUAGGGAAGAAGCUGGUUCGUUUUGAAAGAAUUGUCUGGGUCAAGAUCACCGGAAUUCCACUUCAAUCUUGGGAUGAGUCCAAUUUCGAAGUAGUUUCCUGUAUUUUUGGGAAGGUGUUGGUAAACACAAGUCCAUUUUGGAAUCGUAAUGAUGUUUCUUUAUGGAAAACUUUGUAUUCUAACUGA